AAAGUUAACAAACUAUUAACCCUUAAUCCAAAUUGGCUAUUUUGGAGCUGCUCCUCUUUUCUCCAUUCCUCUCUCUUCUACGCUCUUUAAUCACAAUCUUCCCGUUAAAUUUUUCCCCUAAAUUUACCGGUGUCAAUCCCCAAUUCUUUGUCAACAAAUUAGGGUUUCGGUAUAGGGCGUUGAGGUUUAGGGUUUGAAUUUUUUUUCUUGCCCUAAUUAGUCUAGCUAUAUGCGUUUCAAUACUGGGUUCUUGUUUUUGUGGUUAAUUACUUGAUUUUUGCAAAUGGGGGUUCUCAUUUUUUCUUUAAUUUCCCUUAAAGUUGAGUUCUUUGAACGUCAAUUCCGAUUUGGAAGGGUUAUUGAUUCUUAUUCAGUUGCCUGUGAAGCAUUCUCUGAACCUUUUCUUUGAUUUUACCGGAUUUUAAUCUUUUUUAGGAUUUGGGUGUUUCAAUUUUUUUGGGUUUUUUUUUUCGGUGGAGAGAUGAAUUCUUCUACACCAUGGAUUGACAUGUCAAAAUUGAAAGGUAAAUUUGAUGAGCCUGAGGUUGUUGAAGUGUCCCCAGACAAGCGAUACAUUCGGUAUAAUGAAAUCUUGGGAAGUGGAGCAUUUAAGACUGUCUAUAAGGCAUUUGAUGAAAUUGAUGGAAUAGAAGUUGCUUGGAAUCAAAUCUGCAUAGAUGAUGCUUUGCAGUCACCAGAAUAUUUGGAGAGGAUAUAUUCUGAGGUUCAUUUGUUGAGAAUGUUGAAGCAUGAAAACAUUAUAAAGCUAUAUGCUUCAUGGGUGGACGAUGUGAACAAAAGUAUUAAUAUGAUCACUGAAUUAUUUAGUUCAGGAAGCUUAAGGCAAUAUCGGAGAAAGCACAAGACUGUCGACACGAGGGCCAUUAAAAAAUGGGCUAGACAAAUUCUCCGAGGUUUACAUUAUCUCCAUGGUCACAAUCCACCAGUUAUACACAGAGACUUGAAAUGUGACAAUAUAUUCAUCAAUGGAAACCAUGGAGAAGUUAAACUUGGAGAUCUUGGAUUGGCAACAAUCAUGGAGCAGCCUACAGCUCGAAGUGUUAUUGGUACCCCUGAAUUUAUGGCACCAGAGCUAUAUGAUGAAGAAUAUAAUGAACUUGUCGACAUAUAUUCUUUUGGCAUGUGCAUCUUGGAGCUAAUCACUUGUGAAUAUCCGUAUAAUGAGUGUAGAAAUCAAGCACAAGUUUACAAAAAAGUCACGUCGGGCAUAAAACCAGCAUCAUUAGCGAAAGUAACAGAUCCUCAUGUAAAGCAAUUUGUGGAGAAAUGUUUGGCCCCAGUAUCUGUAAGAUUGAGUGCAGCUGAACUUUUGGAAGACCCAUUUCUUUCAUCUGAAAGCUUGAAAAAACCCCUAUGUGAUCCUUUGCAGCACUCAAAUUAUGUGCCUGAAGCACAGAGUUUGCCAAAGCCGUGUUCUUUUUCCAUGGACAUAGACCUUUCACAGAAGAAGUUACAAAGUGACAUGUCCAUAGAAAGCAAGAAUGGAUGUCCACAGUUUUCUAAUCUGGACUUUGUGAGAAGUAAUGGGAGAAAUGAAUUUAGAUUACAAGGUGACAAGCAUGAUGACCAAUCAAUUGCCUUUUCACUGCGAAUUGCUGAAUUGACUGGUCGGAUUAGGCAUGUGCACUUUGUAUUUUAUCUUGAUGUUGACACUGUGAUGUCAAUUGCUAGUGAGAUGGCAGAGGAGCUUGCGUUGUCGAACGACGAUGUAGCGACAAUAGCUGAAUUGAUUGACGGAUUCAUUUCCAAACUCUCAACAAGCCAGAAAUAUUCUCUUGGGAGUUUCGGUGCCGUGAAUAACUCAUCCAAUGAUUCAACUUUGAUUAAUAGUAACCCGGUGUCUGCAAGUUUUGAUCAGGACUAUGAAUUAAAAGGUGCUCAUAACCAGUUUCAUGUUCUUUCUCAGACUCCUAAAAUAGAGGAUCACGCCAUUGGAGAACUAGGCGUUACAUCUUUGAAUCAAAGGGGAACAUCAGAUUCAGAUGUUGAGUAUAACAACCUUUUAAGAUUGUUCGGCAAUGAGUUAGAAUGCAUCGAGGGUCCCAAGAUCCAUGUUCCAAGCUACAAUGAGGGUAGUAUUGGUGAUGUUGUAAUGAGUGAUUGUACCAAAAAUUCAGGGAUAUCCUUUGAUAGCUCGCGGAAUCUCAUAUCUAAUGAUUUGAGCUCUAACCUCUCUUCCAUCUCUCUCAUCGAAGGAGCAAAUGACAAGAAUCAAUUGCAGGAUCUCAAGUUGGAACUUGAUGCCAUCAAUAUGCAGUAUCAGCAAUCUUGCCGCGAACUCUUGAGAAUGCGAGUGGAGGCAAUUGAAAAUGCCAGAAAGAAGUGGACUAGUAAAAAGAAUAUAUGUACAUAGCGUGUUUCUUGCUACUAAUCUUUGACCUAGCAAGAGAAGUUCCAUUUUAUUUUAGGGAAACUGUUCAUUCUCUUUUCUUAGUUUUACCUUUUUCUUUUUGUAACUGUCCAGUGGUGUUAAUGAAAUGAAUUGUUUGUGUUCUUGCUCUCAAGUGAGCUUCUGCAAGCUUUGGUGCUUGUUUUUGACUUAUGAGUUUGUCACAGGGAAUUUAGUGCCUUUUAACUUCUUGGUUA